AUGAUUCUCCCGGCCUCCCAUCGUCCAACCCUCUCACGGGACCAGUUGCUCAGAUACGUAUCUUUUAUUUACCAAUGCGGCUCUUGCAGCGCAGAGUCGCAGCUCAGCGCCCUUGAAGAUCUGAUUCGAACCGAUCCUCUCCGUGGCCUGACACAAUUGCAGCAGCACCACCAAGCUUCGAUACCGUUCAGCAAUUUAAUCCUUCACUACUCGCAGCACCAUUCCAUCUCCCUAGAUCCAGACGUAUUAUUCCAUAAACUUGUGGAGAGGGGAUUGGGAGGGUAUUGUGUAGAGAGCACGGGUUUCUUCUCAAUAGUAAUGAGAACAUUGGGGUUCAAGCUCUAUACCAGUGCGGGAAGGGUGAGCAAAGGCUUUGAGCAAGGGGUGGAGACGGGGGAGUAUAAUGGCUGGGGCCAUAUGGUUAUAAUUGUAACAAUUGGAGAAAACAAAUACGCUGUGGAUGUCGCGUUCGGCCCGAACGGGCAGACUCGGCCUCUUUUACUCAGCCAUGGCGCAACAAGCGUCCGAAUAGCCCCGGCAGAAGCGAGACUGGUGAAGGAAAGCAUAUCCGCCAAUACCGAUAGCGAACAAAAGCCUUGGAUAUUUCAGAUACGAUCCAACGCCGAGGAGGCAUGGCGGGCGGCAUAUUGCUUUUAUGAAAUAGAAUUCCUGCCCAGUGAUUACGAAGUGAUGAAUUUCUCAACAAGUCAAAGCCCAAGAAGUAUAUUUACAAAGACGGUGAUUUGUGCGAAAUUCCUCCUCAAUGAGGCCAAGGACGAUAUUGUGGGAAACCUUUCCCUUGUAAAGGGAACUGUGAAGCGAAAUCUGAACGGGGAUGUGGAAAUUCUUCAAACGCUGAAGAAUGAGGCUGAAAGAGUUGAUGCAUUGAAAAGUUUCUUUAAUGUACACCUCCAACCCCUAGAAGUCCGCGGCAUUCAUGGAAAGAUCACGGAAUUGAAAGACUUGACCGCGACGGCAUUUUAA